CUGCAUAGGUAGCAUCGCAUCCCAGUCACAUACAUCUAUAUUCUUUAUUUAUCGUCGCCUUCAUUAUCGGUUGAUGUAAUUUCUUCACGCACGCAUAAUCUUCCUCUAGCCUUCCUUAGGGUGGUCGCAUUGAUCUGGUCUGGUCUGUGGUGUAUUCUCAUUACUAGGCGCGUCACAUCAUUAUGCUGUUAGAGGAGCAAAGGUUCCUUCACGAGGACCUUGAGCGCCUCGAACAAGGCAUAGCUGAUCGAAUCGGUGAAGAACCGAAGCAGAUUCGAGAUCGAUUGGCACGCGACCAUCAGAUUGCCCAAUUUCUCGACCGCAUUUCUUCGCAGUCUGCUAAGCUGCUAGAAAUAUAUCGCGAUGCAGAUGGCUCAAGAUCACGCGAAAUUCAACAGAUAGGGACAGGGGACCCAAUGGACGAAUUCUACAAGCAGCUUACGGACAUCAAAGGCUUCCACGCGAGGUACCCUAACGAGCCAGUCGAGAACCUAGAGCGCGCAUAUCGGCCUAAGAAGGGCGCCGACGAGGCGGGCCAACCGAGCAUUGUCGAUACUAUGUUCACUGGAGAGGAAUCAUUCGGCCGCUUCUUCGACUUACAGACUUGCCAUGAACUAUACCUUAAUUUGCCCAAUGCCAAGAGGCUCAGCUAUGUACAAUAUCUAGACCUAUUCGAUAACUUUGCGCCUGGUGCCGCUGGAUUGAAGAGGUCCGAGAAGAUGACGGAUCAAUAUUUCGCCUAUGUUGGCCACCUCGCUCUCGACCUGGAGACAUUCAUGCGCAAGACCAGACCGCUCGAGAACAUUGAUAAAGUUCUUUCCGAGUUCGAUAAGAAGUUCGAAGAGGAUUGGGAAAAUGACAAUGUGUCCGACUGGAAGAUGGAAGAUUCUAGCGCGAUAUCGGGUGCUGGGAAGUCUUCGACGAAUGAGGGCAUCUGGUGCGAGGCUUGCGAGAAGGCUUUCACCAACGAAAACGUCUACAAAAACCACCUUAGUGGUAAGAAGCAUAUCAGGGCAGAAAAUGAACGGAAGAAGAAGGAACAAGAUGAUUCCACAAGCGCCACCAAUGGGGCUAAUAAGGGAGCGGCCUCAACAACAAGAUUGAAAGAAAGGGCGAUCGCAGAGCGCGAGAACCGCAUCAAGCGCCUCGCGAGCGCCAUGAGUACCGAGCGCAGCGAUACCCGAGUGAAUGUCGAGCGCAAACAACUCAUGACAGAUAAGGAACGUCGACAAGAGAUCGACAACGUAUUUAAUGUGACGGUGCCUACAGCACAGGCAGCCGACAUAGACGAAGGCGAAGAGGGCGAAGACGACGACAAGAUAUACAACCCAUUGAAGCUUCCAUUAGCGUGGGAUGGCAAGCCCAUUCCUUUCUGGCUGUACAAGCUGCACGGAUUGGGAGUCGAAUUCGCUUGCGAGAUAUGCGGCAACUUCGUCUACAUGGGGCGACGCGCAUUCGAUAAGCACUUCAACGAGGCGCGACAUAUUCACGGGCUAAAGUGUCUGGGCAUUACGAAUACCGCGCUCUUCCGCGACAUCACGCGGAUCGACGAGGCUUUAAGGUUAUGGGAAAAGAUACAGAGGGAUAGGCGGGGUGACAGAGUCGAUGACGGGAGUGUUAUUCAAAUGGAGGAUGCAGAAGGGAACGUCAUGCCCGAGAAAGUGUACUAUGAUCUGCAGAAGCAGGGACUCUUGUAAAAUUGGUGUAUAUUAGGAGUUGGGUGUGCAUACUGGCUUUUCAACCAUUUCAACAGCGCUCUAAUAUUCUUGCUCGGAAAUCCGAUUGCCGGUGACGGCUUUCAAGGCGUACUUAGCAUAUGUUCAUCGUGGUUCGCUGUGAUACCAACAGGUUUCUAUAUCUUCCUUUAAGUCCUAUGUGAAAUGAAAGCAAUGCACUUGAUGAAGGACGACUUAUCGCGCUUCGCCCAAGUAUGAAAUACCGAUAUAGUCGCACUUAUUCAAUGCUCGCCUUUCUUAUCGUAUUUUCAAUUUGAUCGAUUUAUUCUUCCCUUUUUCUUUGUCAAAUCAGGCGGUUGAUGGCAUGAAGUCGGAAUCUGGUCUGUGCUUAUCCCGCC